GCGCCAUAUCGAGCAGAGUGUAGACUUUUGGGGAACGACUUUUUACGACGGCUCCGUUCAGUGCGGUCUGUGCGGGUACGGGAUUAUUUGAAUUUUAUGCUUCUGCUGAUCGUUCGGUCUGGUGCUGAGCGUGCAAUUGUGGAUCGUUUUAUUAUAGUAAAGGUUUGCUAAAAGUGUGUGUUAAGUGCAAAGUGUUUGAACGAUCUUAUUUUAAAUAACGAGCCAAAAAAACAUUAGUGUUUGCUUGCGUGUAGUUCAAUUCAAAGUGUGUGACAAUGUUUGCGUGCCAGUGUUCGAUGUGUUUGAAGUGCCGCUUUUUAGUUAAGAACCGUUCAGUUUAGUUGUUUUAUCCCUGUACUAUCCCCAGCUCCCAUUUGCACAGAAAUGUGUCUUCCGUUUAGUACAAGUUCCACUGUCUGCCUGUGUCCUUUCGUUUUUAAGACCCUUAAAGUUCAGAGGUACCUAGGCUAGAAGAAUGUGAUACAUUUCGCUGGAAAAGAUUUUUAAUUGCCGUGUGUGAGUGUGUGUGUGUGUGUGUUAUACCGUAGCGUUCCCGAUGCGUUUGAAGUACAAACACAAACUAGUGCAGCUCGAUUGACUGUAGCAAAGUGAAAAAGUACACGAGCGUUACCUCUAAUUGAUUGGAAAUAAAUGAAGACCCGUGUGCAGGCCUUUUGCACCAUCAAGCGUCCUACCGGAAGUUGUGCAAGAAAAUAGUUCCAUUCCAAGCACCUGAAGCUUGCUUAAGGCUCCCUCGCUCCCCGUUCCUUCCCUAUAUUUAAAACCGUUCCCCAAGUUCCCGGUGCCGGUUGUAGGCGCGAGGACAUGCGAACCCGGCUGGCUUCGCUGAUCGUCGUGAAACAGGAGCCACUGUCGGCCACAUCAACGCCCCCUCCAACACCGCACGAGUCCGCCCACCCCCUGUCCGGUGCGUCCUUUUCGUCGCCCUCGUCGUCGUCGUCGUCCUCGUCGUCCUCCUGCUCCUCGGCCAGCUCGUCCUCCAGCCCCCCGUCCAGCCUCUUCCGUUCGUCGCUCGUGGUCGCCGAUGGCUGCGACGGGCUGCAGUGCUAUGGCAGCUUCGGUCCCGCUGCCAGCGCGGUCGAACUGAAGCAUCCGGGCCAGCCGAGGGUGGCCGACGGGGUGGUGGUGGUGGUGCAGCACCAGCAGCAGCAGUCCGCACCGCACGCGGACCUGGUGGCACAGUACUUUUGCGACCGCAAUGGCCACGGUUACGGUGCGCACGCGAACGGUUCCGGCGGCGAUCUGAACAACAAUGAUCCGUCCAGCGAGCAGUUUGAGUUUUUUGACGAGAAAAAGUGUGCUCCCCAUUUGCUAUCGCGAGUGGCAACCUCACCGGUCCCAUCGGCGGUCCCAGCCGCAGAUCCAUCGUCAGUGUCGCAGCCAGCGAGUCUGACGGCCACAAGAAGUCCCCUGACGCCCGGUCGCAGCGGUUCCGGUACAGCGUCCGGCACCAGUGACCAUCCGCACGACAACCUGCGCAAAGUAGCAGUAUCAGCAGCAGCAGCAGCAGCAGCCGCGGACAGUAGUAGCAGCUCAACGACAAGCAUGUUACUGCUGCAGCCACAGGCGUCAUCUUUUAGUUCCGUUUCUUCAUUUGAUUAUUUACUGUCACAAUCGCAGAGCCAUCAUCAGGAGCAGUCGUCCUAUCACCAUUCGCAUCUGCCACAGGAGCAGCAGCAGCAGCAACAGCAGCAACAGCAGCAGCAUCAUCAACAACAACAUCACCAUCACCCACAACAGCCCCAUUCGUCGCUGGGACAUUCCCAAUCGCUUCAUCACGAGCAGCAACACCACCACCAGCAACAGCACCCUCACCAGCACCAGCACCACCAGCUCGCGUCCGGGCUAGACAAGUUCGUGGAGCUGUUCAGUGCGGCCCAGCCGCACACGCCGGCCGAAUCGAUCACCACCGAGUCGUACCUAGCGGACCAGACGCAACAUUCCAACAGCUCCAGCGACACGCUCGUCGGGCUCGAGGACAACCCGUCCACGUUCGGUGGCUCGAGCGACAGCAUCCCGUCCGCGCUGCUGAAGGCGUCCUACAAGGAGGAACUCCCUAGCCCGUUCAGUGCAGGGCCGUCGACACGAGCGCCCACCACCGAGCCGCCCGACACGGAUCUCCUGUUCGAGUCGUCCUCCACCGAAGAGCUCGGGCUGCUGACGCUACGGUCUAGCAGCGAUCCGGUGCUGGCGAGCAGUGCCCGUCUGCCCCAAGCGAUUGUUCACGCGCAGCAGGGACAGCUAAGGCCCAACGCGCCGGCCACCGCCGGUCCGAGCGGUGUGGAGUCGGUGGCGGCAGCAGCAGCGGCCGCCUCACUGCUGCCCAGCUUCCAGGAAACGUACCCGAUCAAGUACAACCAGCUGGCCAGCUACGGGCUGAAGAUGGACGACGAUUGCUUCAAGAUGGCGACCUCCCCGCACCAUCAUCAGGCUGUGACGGCGGCCUACGCCCACCAUGGCAGUGUGUACGGGCAUGGCCAUCAGCACCACCACCAUCAGCAUCACGGUGGAGUGGCGGUCGGUGGCGUUGGGCUCGUCGGUACCGGGCUGCACCAGGGUCAUUACGAGUUUGGAGCGCACACGGCGGGAGCAGCCGGUGGAGGCAUCACGCAGUACAACAACCCGGCAGGACCUCCAGGAAGUGGUGGAGGUGGUGGAGCUGGUGGCACUGCAACUGGAAGCUUCUAUUCACCUUCGUACGAGCAACAUCCAGCUGGCUAUGGUGGACAGGUAGGUGCACAGGACACGUACUCGCUGCCACCGUUCCCGACGGUGGCCGAGCUGCACGUCACCACGACCUGCCAUCGCCGCUCGUCCCUCCCGAUACAGCGCUCGGAGUCGACGUCCAGCAGCGAAAGCCCCAAACCGCCGCGGAUUGCCAUCUACAACAAGUAUUCGGCGCUUCCGAGUGCCUCCAGCUCGGCGUCCAGCUCUCCAGGCUACAUGAACAACAACAAUCCGAACACGAUCAACAACAAUGAGGUGGCGGCGGCGGCGGCAGCAGCAGCCGCAGCAGCAGCAGCAACUUCCGCCGGCGGUAUCGUUGGAGCAGGUGCCCCAACUCCCGUAGUGGCGCCACCGCCGACUGCCGCUUCUACCGUAGUGGCCCGCGCAACCCCGACCUCCCAGAGCCCAUCGCAACUCUGUGCCGUGUGCGGGGAUACGGCCGCCUGCCAGCACUAUGGCGUGCGAACGUGCGAAGGCUGCAAGGGCUUCUUCAAGCGCACCGUCCAGAAGGGCUCCAAGUACGUGUGCCUCGCGGACAAAGCGUGCCCGGUGGACAAGCGGCGACGGAACCGGUGCCAGUUCUGCCGCUUCCAGAAGUGUCUCGCCGUCGGCAUGGUAAAGGAGGUCGUCCGUACCGACUCGCUGAAGGGUCGGCGCGGUCGGCUACCGUCCAAGCCGAAGUCACCGCAGGAGUCACCGCCGAGCCCGCCCGUCUCGAUGAUAACGGCGCUGGUGCGUGCGCACGUCGACACGACGCCCGAUCUCGCCAGCCUCGACUACAGCCAGUACCGGGAGCCGGGGCAGAACGAGCCGAUCAUCACCGAGGCGGAGAAGGUGCAGCAGUUCUACAACCUGCUCACCACCUCGGUCGACGUGAUCAAACACUUUGCCGACAAGCUGCCCGGGUACAACGAUCUCAGCGUCGAGGACCAGGAGCUGCUGUUCCAGUCGGCCUCGCUCGAGCUGUUCGUGCUGCGGCUAUCGUACCGGGCCCGCAGUGACGACACCAAGAUGACCUUCUGCAACGGUGUCGUCCUGCACCGCCACCAGUGCCAGCGAUCGUUCGGCGACUGGCUGAACGCGAUACUGGAGUUCAGCAAGAGCCUGCACGCGAUGCAGAUCGACAUCUCCGCGUUUGCCUGCCUGUGUGCGCUGACGCUCGUAACGGAACGCCACGGUCUCCGGGAGCCGAAAAAGGUCGAGCAGCUGCAGAUGAAGAUCAUCAGCAGCUUGCGCGAUCACGUCACGUACAACUCGGAGGCGCAGCGCAAACCGCACUACUUUAGCCGGCUGCUCGGCAAGCUGCCCGAGCUCCGGUCGCUCAGCGUCCAGGGACUGCAGCGGAUAUUCUAUCUCAAGCUGGAGGAUCUCGUACCGGCACCGCCCCUGAUCGAGAACAUGUUCUUGGCCAGUCUGCCCUUCUAAACCUCCCCCCCCCCCGUACUUACUUCCACAAUACACAAGAUACUAAAAGACACUUGACAUGUGGACAAGAAUCAUAGUAGGCUAGUAGAAUUGCAGUACACCUGGCUCGACCGUUGUGAGCAGCAGCCAGUGUUAGGUGUUUAGGGAAAUAAUCCUUAAAUUUAUUAUACUUAUUGUGCGUGUGCGUGUGUGAGCUUAGAUAGUAAGAAGACCCAUGUGUGUGUGUGUGAGAUUGUAAAUGUGUGUAAGCGUGUUUGCGUGUGUGCGCGGGAGUAGAAUUAAGUACGUCGAACGGUAGGUAAUCGAUCCCGAAUCCCGAACUUUCAAUCCCACACCAUAACUCCGGAAUCUGCUGUCAUCUCCCCCACCAAAAAGCAAACUGGUCUCCAAACGCUUCGAUCGGAAAGAGCUGAUUUAUGGGACAAUUUUUCAUCAGCUUUUAUUUCCCUGCCCUCCCGCCCGGGCCCCGGCUCCCACACAUCCACUUUGUCGGCACGUUGGUGCUUGAUUGUUUUAAAUGAAUUGCAAUUAAAGUGCGAUUAUAUUGAUGAGUUUUUCGAUUUUCACCUAGGAGGAGACGUGCACUGAGGAGUCUCGUUCGUUUAUAGCAUAGUUUGUCGCACAGUGUACGCCAAAUUGCGUGUACCAGCAAGAGGUCGGUCCACCGGCUCGAUCGCUCGGAAGAUGCUGUUUCCUUCUUCCAUGUUUUGUGUUUUUUCCCCUUUCUUCUGUUGGUUUCAUACUUGCCAAACAUGACAAACUCUACACAUGAAUUAUGCAUUAGCGCGGGACGUAGCGAAACAGGGAACGAUCCUAAAUGAAGCAUGCGUUUUCUGUUCGGUUCAUCAACCGCUUACUGGCCCGCCCUCGGGGGGACUCAUCGUGCCUCCCCUCGGGCAGCAAAACAAAACAAAAAACAUCCUCCCUUUGGGGUUUGGUUUGGUGUGGAGCGGUUAUUAUAAAUGUAGAUUGUCCCGAACGGGGCAGAUAAUUUAUUGACCGCAACCCGGUAUUUUCCUUUGGCGGGAGUUUUUUUUUUGAGGGGGGAGUUAUGUAUAUUAUGCAUUUCGGCAAUCGCGACUCUUCCCAAUAUCGCAGAGAGGGAAAGUUUGGCGGUUUUUGCUUUUGUUCAAUGCAAAUGGACUGUAGCUAGGGGCAUCAUAAGGAAAUGGGGUGGUUGUAGUGGAGUGACGAAAAUAAAUCAAUUUCGAUGCACUUUUGUCACCGAUACAGCUGAACUCUUGUUAAGCGGGGUAAGAUGCAAAAAAAAAAUAUGUAAAAUUGUUCCCAACGAUCAAGCUACACCGGAGAUUCUGUGUGGGGGAACGGCAAACGUCUUAAGAAACUUCUCCAUUUGAUGUUAAAAACAAUUCGGCACCUGAAUGAUGUUUCAAAAACACAACAGCUAUAUUACCCACUAUCUUACAUAAAGCUACAACUAAUACGAUAACCAUAAAGUAGUACAAAACAGGAAAACAAAACACAUAAAUAUAUAUAGUGUAGCGUCUCAAAAAUGAAGGAAAAACGAUAGUAAUAUAAGACAAAAGAAUCCUGCGACGAGUGAUGAUAGAAGCAAGUCGAAGAAAACACACAUCGCUCUACACAUCGAUUAAAAGAAGGGAAAAAUAGUGAAGGAAGAAGAGAAAGAGGAAACAUAAUCUUGAAAACAUAAUUGCGAUACUUUUAUGCUAGUCGGAUAAUUUUAAUUGUAAUUUGGGGAAAGAAAUGAAGAAAAUCCCAAACACGAGAGAAAAGAACAGGGGCUAUAUUCUUAACCGAGCCAGGACAGGAGACAAAACAAAAAGUGAAAGUGCAAAUGAGACAGCCAUUUUCACUAUCGAAAGUAAAACAAAAAAGACACUUCUAACCCUUCAGUGUUACGUACAAUAUAGGAUAGGUAAAAAAGAGAUGUAAAAUGGAUAACUUGCACAAACAAAACAAACAAACAAACAAACAAACCCAGGAGCUUAUCAGUAGGAAGUAGUACAAUCCGUGUUGGUAAGAGAGAGAGAGAGAGAGUGUGUAAUCACAACGAUGCUCCCAAUCGAAGCCCUGCUCCAACCCGAAACAUCCCACAUACAUGUACACUCCAUACACCCGUAGAAGAAGGUUCCCCUUUUACCGCUGCUGGAGGGCUUCACGAGACGCUUCUCCGUCCGCUUUUGUAUCUACUUCUUGAUUUGCUUGAAUAGCAAUAAUUACGUUACCAGAGCUUGCCAUUGAACUUUUACGUUUGUUGUUUUAUGAUAUGUGUUUGUUUUUUUUUUUUAAUUUCUGUACUAUUUUGUCUCCACUUUACAUUUUAUGUACGUACCGGUAUCUUUUACUUUCAUAGUGUAAUCUUUCCCUUUUUCUCGUGUUUUGUUAAAUUGUGAAGAUAUUUAGUGUGUGUUUUGUUUUAUCUUAGUGAGUUUCGUUUUUGUUUAGUAGUUUAAUUAUAUCGAGCUCGAGCUUAAGGAUGCUUCUGUACAUAUGUUUUUUGUUUGUUAGCAAAGUGGUUUUAUGUUUAAGGUUUUAGUUUUUACCAUCACUACGAUACGAUAGCGAUUGUAAGCGUAAACUAUUAUUAAAAAAAAAACCUGUGAAGCUACAAGCCUCUUUUAAUUUGUCCCUCCCUUAAGUCGCCUUUCAUUCAAGUGUGAACCGUUCAAUUUAACGUUCAAUUCAUCUCGUACUCUUCGAAGCACUUCGUAUCAGAUCAGAUCGGAGGCAUCUUUAAAAAAGAACACCGUAACCCAUUUCACACGUGCCUAACAUUGACAUGCCCACAAAGACUCACCAUUAUUCAAGUGUCCGGCUAGUAGCGCCUUACCAAUUUCGAACAAAUGUUUGCCUUCUUAACUUCUUGUAAACAUUAAAGCCAUCUUUUCAUUACUUUUCACUGAUGCAUUUGAUAGGUACAACGGGGCAACCAAGACACGUACAGAAACGAACAAAUCGAAUUAAACAGAUACCUGAAAGUGCCAUUUUAUUGUUCUGCCCUGCCUCGCAGGAACGGAAGAUAAACGGAAAAUCGAAUCGAAAAGGAUUAAGGAACAUUAAGGAAAGAAAUAGUAACCUCCACAUCUCGCACAUACCUUACAGACGCAUAUAGCAAACAGAGAACAUAAGAAUAUAAGCGAAAAAAUGACACAAACAAAAUACCUGAAGCCUCCUGAUAUUAUUCGACGCAAAGCACACAGCAAACAACAAAAUGAAGAAAAAAGACAUAAAAAAACGAAUGCCUUGAAGUUAACCUAUACCCUGUAAACUGUAGCUGUAACUAGAAGCACUCACCGUAUUAAACACGAUUGUACAACACAUCGGCAAACAAGACUUUCGGAAUGAAUUAGGUAAAGGAUGAAGAGCGGAAAAUAAAACAACGCAACCACAACCAAGACAAGAGAAUGAAAAAAAGUAAAACACAACAAAAGGGAACCAAAUUUUCUGCUUAGUGGAUAAUAUACAAUGACCGUGAUGAACCGUGUAGUGUGUGUGUGUGUUACGCGUAGAUAUACAUUCUUAGGAGCAGAAUCAAAUUCUUCGCUCUUAAGCCAACGAAAGCUGCUGACUUUUUUGGAAUGGAUGGAUCAAAAACAAACAAACCAACAAAAAAAAAACAAACGAAUGUGGAAUACACAUACAUUUUAGUGUACCUUUGGAUGUUAAUACGUUUUAGUAAGAAAAGCUAUGGGAUGUCCUUUUAAAAGACGGCGGCAUUACAGUGGCCGCGUACAAAUCUCGCGCGUACCCUUACGUUUUUGACCACAUUUUUUGGCACCAUUUUGUGAUAUAAUUGAUAGUACACAGCUACCUAUUGGACGAACGAAAGCUUGCUUUUUUUGCAGAUCAUUGAGUUAAAUCUUUGUUUUUCCUCAAUGAAUAGAGACAUAAUACAUAUGGGGAAACAAAAAAGGUAAAUCAACCAAGCAUAAACACACAGCCCCAGGCACGUAAGCUUUCCAAAUUUCAUCUCUCACGACAGCCUUUAUCAUUCAAUAACACAAUGUUAGUCGCCUUUGCUGUAUUACCUCACUGUAUUUAGAUGGAUAUAUGUAUAUUGUCAGUACGUAAUGUGUAUUUGCUGAUAUUUUAAAUGAUGCGCAAAAACCAUUUUAUACGAGCGAUUUUUUCUUCAAUUUUGCAACAAACACACUUAUUCACAGGCAUAGGGGACAACAGAACCACUGAAUGUACCACUAACAAUAUAAAAGAGAGAAUACGAGAGAAAGAGCAUAUGAAAUAAAUAUAAAUAUACAUAAAUGAACCAUUUAACUUCCGUCCUCAUAAAUAUUCUAUCUAGAAACACAACAACAACAACAAGACAAAAAAAAGAUUAAAUAUAUAGAAGCAUCAAAGACUAGUUGAAAGAGAUGAUAAUACAGCGAUAAACAGAAGCAGAAAAAGGCAGAACAAAAAUACUAUUAUUCGCGCUAGAAUAGCCAUAGAAUUCCCACCAUCACGCAUUUUUCUCGUUCAGUUACAAUUUGCUACAAGACGUUCGUUCGUAAGGCAUUUUAGCAUUAAGAGCAGUGGAAAUCGCACGUAUCAAUGUGUCCAUCGUUGUUGCACCCCGUUGUUGUUUCCUCACCGUCUCCCCCGAUUUGCCCCCUCCUCAAACAGCACGCUCGCUUGCGCCCUGUGUUGCUUAUUAGUAACUUAUUAGCUAGAUUAAUUAAGGUUUCGUCGUCCUUCCCGAUUUGUUUUACUAGUACAAACUUGCGCAUAUUAGGAGUUCGCCCGGUUUGAUGUGUAAAUGUGUAGGUCCGUAUGUGUGUAUUUGUGUGAGCCACAGUUUCGAUUUGAUUGUGGAAUCGACACGUUCAAAAUAUCAUCCUAUUAGUUGUUAGCCAAGGGACGAGAAACUGGAGAAACGAUUUCGAAACAUAUCCUCCAAAAGAUAGUGAAAAAACUGCAUUACCGAAGCCGGUGCAGAACAAAAAAAAACCAUUAUGCCAACACGUGGUAUGUGUGUCUGAGUGUGUGUGAGUGUGAGUGUGUGUGUGUCCUUCUGAAGCUGAGAUAAGAGAAGCGAAGCAAAUGAGCUGACAAACGAAAUCAUGCAUGCAUGUGUGUCUGUGUUUUUUUUUUCACUAAACUAGUAACCAAGUAGCGUAAGGCGAACAGGCAAAAAAGAGAAAAAGUGAUGUUAAAAAAAACAGGAAGCAGCACGAUAUUAUACUAGAAAACAGAAGAAAACUUUCUUUAUGGACUGUCGGGGAAAAACAGAGAAAGAGGAAAGAGGAAUAAAAAGAGAGAAAAAGAUAAGAGAACAAACGAUAUACCUUUUAAGGACACUAGCAAGUAAGUUUUACUUUUACAAAUGAUAUACUAUUUAAAUAUUAAAUAGAAGAAGAAAAAACAAACAAAAAACAAGGAAAGCUGUGCAAAAAGAAGAAGAGAAAACAGGAAGAGAGAACAAGAGAGGAGAAAACGUGUGGAAAGGACUACAGAUACUGAAACGAAUACACUAUAUUUGCGAAAUAUACUCAAUGUUAUACUGUCCGAUUUAUAAGAGUAAACCACAGAGGCGUGUUUGUGUGCGUGUGUAUGAACAACCCAUACGAAAGGAAGGGACAGAAAAUAGGCCGGCGAUCAUCACCACUACUUACCCAAUAUAUAAAUGUAUAAGCCUGGACCCCAGUGCACCGCAGAAAGGGCAACAACCACACACACACUCAGCUAAAGAGUAAAACACAAAACCCAGUAUCGUCAGCCAGUAAGUGAACGUGUUACAAACAAAAAACCAUAAACUAUAUAAACUUAUAUCAUCCACACACACACACACCAACAAAAGAGAGGAGAUCGUAUGUUAUAUGAAAUAAACUAGACAAACAAAACAAAACAAAUAAAAGAGAGAACCCAUUGCCAGAGCACAUCUUACAGAAGAGAGUAGAACAGCGCAGAGAAAAAGGCAGAGGAAAAAAGGCAAACAGUGACAGUGCAACAGGGGCAGCAGGCACACUCAACCGAGACAUACACACAUACAAAUCCCAUGAAUGAGAAAAUCUCGAAAAUAUACAUAUACGUAUUUCUUUAUUGUUAAUACAAAAAA